AUGGACGCCGGCGAGUGCUCCACCUCCACCAAACCCCCGCAGCCCUUGGCCGCCUCCCCGCCGUCCCCCUCCGUGUGGGUCAGGCUAGCAGUGCCCGCCGAUUCUGCGUGCCCGGUGGUGGAGGUGGCCGAGGACGACUCCGUGGUCUGCUCCCUCGUCGCGCCGCCGGCCUGCGGCGGCGGUGGGGAGGAGGUCGCGUGGUGCGAGAUCAGGCGCAAUGCCGGGGACGCGUCGUCCGCCACGAUUCGGAACCUCAGAUGA